AUGUGGUUACAUGUUAACUCCCAAAUUCCAAUCAAAUUCAAAGCAGACAAGUUUGUUGAUAACAUCAAAGCACAAGCAUUCACAUUCAAAUCCAAGGCUGAGUUUUUCUAUUUCAAUGGAGCCACUAUUAAUAAGUAUUCUAAUGGUCAAUUGAAUGUUGUAGCUGGUCAGACAGGUCAACCACCACAAAAUUACUUUCCGUCAUCAUCUUAUGAACAAGCCAAUGCUGCAUACUUGCCAUCUGUGAAAGAAAUGGUUUACCACGGUGAUACCAUUCAUUUUACAGACGAAAAGUAUAAUUUAGUUAGAUCUUUAUAUCUCAAUUCAAAUCGAAUAGUAAUUACUGCAGGAAAGGCAGCAACAACUUCCGAUCCAAACUUGGGUGAGGGAGGGUUUGCAACAGAUGUUUACAUUAACACCCCAUCUGGAUUGAUUAUUGAUCCCACAGGAACGUAUCUGUACGUUGCUCAGUCAUUUGAUUAUGUUAUCAGAAGGGUGACGAUUCAUACAACUAUUUCAACAAUUGCAGGCGUGAUACCAAGAACAGAUAAUUUCAUUGGUACUGAUGGUCCUCCUCGGUCAAUUCCAUUGUACUACCCUACUGGUAUUGCAAUGGAUGAGGAGGGUAACAUUUUCAUUUCAGAUACGAGAAAUAAUCUUAUCCGAAAGGUGGACAUGAAAAACAACAUUCUCUCAACUCCAGUCGGUGUACAAUAUAGAAGACCAUUUCCUGAUCUUGAUCCAUGUUCUGAUUGUUUUACCGGUGAUAAGGGUUCAGCUAAAUUAGCAAGAAUUCAUAAUCCAUCUCAAAUAUGUGCUUCACAAGGUUCAAUUAUUUUCAACGAUUCUCUCAAUAAGAGAAUUAGAAAGGUAACUAAUGGUAUCAUUGACACCAUUUACACCUAUGAAAAUGAAGCAUACUUGAAGUGUUAUCUUGGAGUAAUAUAUGUUUCGAAUAAGAACUCUGUUAUUAAUGUACUCUCUCCAUAUUGCGAUGAUAACUAUAUAAUUAAUGGAGCAUCUUGUCAACCAUGUCCUCAAGGUCAAACAAAUAACAAAUAUUUCACAGAAUGUGUGAAUGUUGGACCUACUCCUCAAAAAUCAUAUAUCAUGAACAGCAAUACUAACGGAAAUCAAAACAAUUCUUCACCAAUGUCAACCACAACAUUGAUUAUCAUCAUUUCAUCAAUUCUUGCUAUCGUUGGUUGUGUGGCAUUGUUAAUUGGAAUUGUAGUGUUGGCAGUCUUAAUCAAAAGAAAAAGAUCAAACACAAAAUACUCAAAUUUGAAGAAUGAGGAAUUAAAGGACAGAUUGAGUCAAUUACCUUUUGAACCUCAACCAACUGGUAAUUAG